UCAUGCAUGCCCGUCAUUCCUAUCGGGUAGCUCAGUGAGGGGCAAUUUUCCAUUCUAGGGCGUCAUCAAGUGAGGCAGCUCUCGUACUUAGCGGCGUCCAAUCGAACCACCAUCAGCUACCCACCCCCGCAAACAUAAACGAGACCCAACUCUCAGACACGUCCGAUGACGCUUCAUCCAUCCUAUCGCGACAGUCACAUGGGGUGUUCCCAUCAUGCCCUUUUGAUUCCCUGAUCCUAGACUACGACGCCGCGAAACCGAAUUUGUCUUGCGCAUGCCGACCUUAACAAAGUAGCACGUAAUCAAAACAGAGCCUACCAUAAUACUCUUUGUCACCUUGUCGUCCAGUUAUCUAACGGCCCCGUCGCCGCGCCUCACUUCGGCCGUUAGACCAUGACCUCCAAUAGUCACCCAUCCGACAACAACCCGGCGCAAAGACCGGCAUCUCCGGCCGGUAGCUACUACGCCAUGAGCGACGACGAGGAAGGAGACUACAACACCAUUACCCAUACCGAGUCUGGUAGGGGGGUGAAGCUGUUGUACUCCAAAAGCAAGGUCUACAUCCACCCAACGCCCUCUUCCAAGGACAACAUUCCUGGCUUCAUCGCCUUGUUGCAGCAAAAACCAGCACGCAACGAAACCCGGCCAAACUCAUCUUCAUCCGCCAAAAGCAACCCUGCAUCCUCUGAUCUGCUACUCGCAUGGCUCCCAGAGUCCUCGCUUGGUGAUUCGGCCAGCAUUUACGUCAAGGUCGACCUUUGCGAGGGCGACUCUCCUCCGAAGCAGUCUUAUCUUGUACCUCCGCCUCCCACAGUAACGACACAUAGUGGCUCUAUAGGUCAUUAUGCGUUUGCCGUCCCCGUCUCAGCCAUCUACAGCCUUCUGGUGCGCCCGCCCAGUCUCGGCUGGUGGUUUGGUUCCGUCAUCAUCAACACGCGAGCUGGCGACUCCUUUCCAGCCCUAUUCUUCCACGACAGCGAGUGCCAGUCAACCAUGCUUCGUAAAAAGAAGAUAACGCGUGACAGCUUUGAUCCUUUCGGUGAAGGUGGGCAGAUGUUCUGGGGCGGCGAUGAAGUGUUACGAUGGCUCCGUCGCUAUGUUAAGGUCGAGCGCAGCGGAGCCGAGCCGAAUAUCUAUCUCGUAGAACCCAGCAAGGAGGAUAGCGAAGCAUUUGGUGGAAAUUUGACUAGCAGUUCUCCCAGCCAGAUUGGAAAACGGGACAGCGCCAGGGGUAUUGGAUCCUUCGCUGCUGCAGGUUCGUCAACAUCUGCAGAUGCUGGUAUGGAUCCUUUUGUGAAGUUUGUGAAGGAGACAGGUUGGAACAUCAUGGAGAAAUUCUCCAAGGUGACAACCAUGACACGUCAGGCGGCCCAGGAUCUUAUGGAGAACCCCAGCAUGCCACCACAAGUGCGGCGCCUGAUGCGCAACCCAGAGGUUCAGACGAUCCAGGACGAGUUCGACAGUGCGCGUAUCUACCUUGCGCGGUGGGCGAUGGGUAUUGCCGAACAGAGUGAGCGUGACCGCCGUCAGCGCAUAUGGACAGCACGUGAUGUGAUGGAGCUGGAAGAUACCGAUGUUGGCGAGUUUGAGCUGCUUGAGGGUGCCACGGGUGCUAUGUCGCUCGAGCAGCAACGGAAACGCGUCACUAUGAGCGAAUGGAAAGGAUUUUUCGACGCGCGCACCGGGCGGCUCACGUACACCAUAGACGAGGUCAAAGAGAGAAUAUUCCACGGCGGCUUGGACCCGGACGAUGGCGUGCGUAAAGAAGCAUGGCUCUUUCUUCUUGGAGUCCAUGACUGGUACAGCACCGCAGAUGAACGAAAAGCGCAGGUUGCGUCCUUGCGGGACGGAUAUGUGAAGCUUAAAGGGGCUUGGUGGGAGAGACUUGUUGAUCUGGGAGGUAAGGGGGAGGCCGGCGAAUGGUGGAGGGAGCAGAGAGGACGUAUAGAGAAGGACGUUCACCGCACGGAUCGAACAGUGCCCAUCUUUGCCGGGGAGAAUAUACCUCAUCCCGACCCAGAUUCGCCUUUUGCAUCUUCAGGGACCAACGUUCACAUGGAACAGUUGAAGGACCUCCUCCUCACGUACAACGAGUACAACCAGGAGCUGGGAUACGUCCAAGGAAUGUCGGAUCUGCUUGCUCCGAUAUACGCGGUGGUACAAGAUGAUGCCAUUGCGUUCUGGUGCUUCCAGCGCUUUAUGGAUCGCAUGGAGCGUAACUUCCUUCGGGAUCAAUCCGGAAUGCGUGCGCAACUGCUGGCACUUGAUCAUUUGGUCCAGUUCAUGGACCCCAAGCUUUAUGCGCACCUCCAGUCGGCCGACAGCACGAACUUCUUUUUCUUCUUCAGGAUGCUAUUGGUUUGGUACAAACGCGAGUUUGAGUGGCUAGACGUGCUUCAUCUGUGGGAGGUUCUCUGGACCGACUACCUGACUAGCAGCUUCCACCUGUUCUUCGCGCUGGCAAUUCUGGAGAAGCAUCGAGAUGUCAUUAUGACACACCUGAAACAUUUCGAUGAGGUGUUAAAAUACGUCAACGAGCUCUCAUGCACUAUGGACCUCGAAUCUACCCUAAUCCGCGCCGAAGCUCUGUUCCGUCGCUUCCAACGACUAGUUGAGGCUAUCGACAAGAAAAAGAAUUUCCCAGCGCCGAGAACCACACGUUCAUCAAGCACUGCAACGUCGUCUUCGACCAAUGGAACAGUCAAGGCAGGCGACGAGCCUAGCACCGGUCCUCGCUCCCCAUCCCAGAACAAGGACAAGGCGCCGGAUGAGCAAGAAGAUGUUGUAAAGGUCAUUACCCCUGAACUCAGGGGUCUCCUUAGCCGUGAGGUUGCGAUCCUCCCUAGAAACGAGGUCGCGCAGAAGGGAGAAGGGUGGGCUACUGUCACGAAAUAGAUGCAUCUCAUUGAUGUUUUGUCAUAAACAUACUGUGUCGUUGUUUGUGUAUGCUUUACGGCGUGUUUGACUUGGACGAAAGAAUGUAAUGGGACUGUUGGCGCAUGUAUUAUCACGGAUCACGGCUUUUUAUUCCUGCAGCGGUUAACUUGGAAAUUAUUUGGGGCUUCAUUGCUAUCAGGAAUCAUGCCUUGUUUUCAAUUAGAGCUGCUUGAACAAAGACAAAAGAUAUCUUAGCCAGGGAAGCGACUUGGCUUUUGCUGGAUGAAAAGAAAAACAGAACAGAAAACCGGCACGAAGCCCUAAAGUGCAAAUAUAUCUCUUGCUAUGCCUGUAAGGACAUUUUCAAGAUGCCAUAGCAAGUGACCAAC